AUGAAUGAUUAAGAUCAGAUGGACUUUUACAGAAAUUUGCACUUCUAUUAUAAGCAUCUCUUUCCAAUCCAAAUGAUUGUAGACUGGCUUUCAUAUGCCAAAGAUAAUUAACCUGAAUUGAGGUAUUUUAGUAGAAGAGAAUUUUCUUUUGAAAGGAGUAUCGAUGGAGAAACUUUUUACUAAAGAUAUUAGCAAUUUCAAAAUGCUUAUGGUCUUUAAAAAUUCCUUCUGGAUAAUAAAUAAAAUGAUUAAACAUCCACUCUUAUAAAAUAUGAUAUUGGAGCAGUUUUUGACAAAUUGCCUAAAAAGGGUGAAAAGCUUAAAGCAAUGGAAAAGGAAAUAGUUAUUGAUAUUGAUAUGGAUGCUUAUGAUGAAGUGCGUACUUGUUGUCAAGGAGCAAAAAUUUGUGAAAAAUGUUGGAAAUUUCUUUAAGUAGCUUGUGAUAUUUUGAGACCUGCUUUAUUCCAGGAUUUUGGGUUGGAACAUAUUCUAGCAGUUUAUUCAGGUAGAAGAGGAAUACAUUUGUGGGUUUGCGAUAGUCAUAUAAGAAAAUCUACAAAUGAAGUUAGAUCAGCUAUCAUAGGGUAUCUCAACAUAAAUACUGGUAAUGCAGAUGCUGAAGAAAUCAUAAGAGAAGUUAAAUAAGAGAAAGUUGAAAAAUUACACCCAUCUAUUUAAAGAGCAUAUUUUAUAGCGUAAUAAUUUUUUAAACAAAUUAUCUUAAUUGAUCAAAACAGUUUAAAAAUUGAGAAUGUAAAGAAAAAGAUUUUAACUAUUUUAAAAUAAACUAAAAUACUUAAUCCUAAAUUAGAGAAAUCCAUUCAGGAAAUUAAUGAUUCUAGUUAAAUUUGGGAUCUCAUUUGUUCUUAAGAUUCAGAAAGACUUGAAAUUGCUAAAUUAUAAAUAAUUUUAAUGUGCUUAUAUCCUCGUCUUGAUGCACAUGUCAGUACAACAAUUAAUCAUUUGUUAAAAGGACCUUUUAGUAUACAUCCAAAAACAUAACGUGUUUGCGUUCCAUUCAAUCUUAAAAAUAGUUCGCAAUUUAAUCCAUUAGAUACACCUACUUUACCUAGUAUUAUAAAACAAUUAGCUUAAUUGCCAGAUGAAUUAAAAUAAAGAGAAAAUGAGAAUAAGAUCUUUCCAUUUUUAGGAAAGGAAAUACCAAGUUUGUCACCUUAUAUUUAAUUAUUUGAAGAUUUUAUCUCUAAAUAUAAUAAGCCAAAAAUUAACUGA